AUGUAUCUUAGACCCUUCGAGACACACAAAGCGGCGAAGACGACAUUGUUCUGGGAUAUUGACGAUCGCCCGAAACCAGAUAAUAUCCAGUUUGAUGAUAUCCAUGCACACUUUACGGAGAAGGCGAAUGAGUCUUUGAUGUUGGAGGGUCCAGUAGUCUCUAUCUGUGCUUAUGGUGAUGCACAAAGUAUCACGGGUGACCGAAAACCCAAUGGAAUCAAGUUCAAUCAAGAACCGUUAGGAGAUAAAGACGUGAAGCUUCAAAAGAUUUUGGUGGAUACUCUUUUAUGGGUGAUUGAUAACCCUGAACCUUCAAAUUUGGUGCUUCUUCUGGGCAAUAUCUCAGAAGACUCGGAUUUUGUCAAGGCUCUCGUGUCUUUGAGCGAGAGAGGCUGUUUCAUUUGUUCACAGCUUGCGACGGAAGGACUAUUUUCACAUGAGUUCUGUUGGCUUAAGGUAGUUGGGCUAAAUGGAUGCAUGGCGAACAACUUUUAUGUUAGCAGUGGACACGAGGCCUAUUUUGCUAACCUAUUCGAGGACAAGAAGCCGAAAGAUCACCGCCAAAGCGUUUGGGUUAACAAAUGUGAAAGGGAGGCUUGUGGUAAAUGCACGGACGUAGGAGUUGAUCUAAGUUCUAUUUCAACGUUUUGGAGUAGCUGUAUUUCUUCACCAGAAUCGUCCUCUCAUGCGGAUGCUUUAAAAGAUUGUCUUAAUCGUGUCAAGCAAUUUGAUUCCGAUGACGUGAUGAAGAAACUAUUAAAUGACAUAACGUCAUCUUCGUUUAUGCGACAUAAGCCGCUUUCCUUUAAGGGGUUUACUCUUACAGAGUAUAUGGGAUCGAAGAUAAUUAUUAUGUGGGACUUUGAAAAUACCCAAGUUCCUACCAAUUGUGAUCGGUCUCAACUUUUCAGUAAUAUCACACAGGCGCUGAGAAAUCUAGGAUACACGGGGGAAAUCGUUAUGAAAGGCUUUGGCAACAUCAGCAAUUUGCCACAUGAAACCAAACUUCGUGAGACUGGUAUCGAAAUUACUCACGUACCUUCGGGAAAAGAUGCGAGUGACAAGAGAAUCCUUAAUGCCAUCUACACUUGGGCGUUUGACGAUCCACCCCCUUGUAACAUACUUUUUAUUACCUCGGAUGGGGAUUUCAUGACUGCCACGGUCACGCUCAAGGAAGCUGGAUAUAAUCUUAUGGUUGCUCAUCAGAGCAGGAUCGAGAGUAAAUCCGGAAAACUCACACCAUCUAAGGUGAUGAUACAGGAGUCACCGACUGCAUGGCAUUGGCCUAAGUUAGCUUUUGGAGGAGGUCCCUACAAAAAGCCUUAA